GACAUGCUAGAUAUGAAGAAUAUAGCUGACCACAUAUAGAAAGGAAGAGAGUGGAAUCUAAAGUGACUUUUGAGGUGACUGUCGACUCGAGGAGACCAACAUUGGGAGUGUGUGUGUGUGUGUGUGUGGUGUGUGCGCGCGCGCGAGUGAGAGACAGAGAGAGCGCGAGCGAGAGACAGAGAGAGCGCGAGCGAGCGACGACAGCACCAGCAGUCUGACAAAGCUGCACUACCUCGAAGUUUGACAUCCCCAGCGGGCUACAGAGUGAGUUCUGCUCCGCCGCUGCCAUGGAGCCUCGGAAGUGUACUGGAUCUGUAUUGAUUGGAGUUUACCUGUGGGCGACAUUAUGCUGUCAAGGUUGUCAUGGCGGUGUGCACCAGAGGAAGCUGUACCGCGACCUGAUGGUAAACUACAACCGUCUGGAAAGACCCGUCCAAAACGACUCUGCGGCCAUUGUUGUGGAACUCGGCCUCACACUGCUACAAAUCAUUGACGUGGAUGAAAAGAACCAGGUGAUGAUCACAAAUGCCUGGCUGCAGCUGUAUUGGACAGACAUUUACCUUUCAUGGAACCCAGAGACCUACCCCGGGGUUCAGAACCUGCGCUUCCCUUCCAAUCUGGUAUGGGUCCCAGAUAUCCUGCUCUACAACAGUGCUGAUGAGAGGUUUGAUGCUACGUUCCAUACAAACGUGCUGGUAAAUGCUUCAGGAUCCUGCCAGUACAUCCCACCAGGCAUCCUGAAGAGUACCUGCUACAUCGAUGUGCGGUGGUUCCCAUUCGAUGUGCAGAAGUGUGACCUCAAGUUUGGCUCCUGGACCCACAACGGCUGGCUGCUGGACCUGCAGAUGAUGGACGUGGACAUCUCCACCUACAUACCCAACGGGGAGUGGGAUCUCGUAGGUGUGCCAGCUAAGCGUAACGAGCUGUACUACGACUGCUGUAAGGAGCCCUACCCCGAUGUGACGUUCACAGUCACCAUGCGGCGCAGGACACUUUACUACGGCCUCAACCUGCUCAUCCCCUGCGUGCUCAUCUCUGGUCUGGCCCUGCUGGUCUUCCUGCUCCCUGCUGACUCCGGAGAGAAGAUCUCACUCGGCAUCACAGUGCUGCUGUCUCUAACAGUGUUCAUGUUACUGGUAGCAGAGAUCAUGCCUGCCACUUCAGACUCUGUUCCUCUGAUCGCUCAGUACUUUGCGAGCACCAUGAUGAUCGUGGGCCUGUCUGUGGUGGUGACAGUCCUGGUUUUACAGUUCCACCACCAUGACCCCCAUGGAGGGAAGAUGCCUAAAUGGGUCCGAGUCAUCCUUCUCAACUGGUGCGCUUGGUUCCUCCGCAUGAAGAAACCUGGAGAGGAAAGCAAAACAGCUGUGAGCUCCAGUAACCCCUCGAACUACAAGUACUCCCACCCGCCUCCUCACCACACCAGCACCAACAGCAUGCAGAUGAGCACCAUACCAGGGCAGGCCCCCACCCAGUCAACCACGACCAACGGGAACCUGUACUGUGGCUACCACACGAUGGGAACAGAUAACCCAGCUUUCCCACCAAGCACUGAAUCCAGCCAUCCCAACGGCUCCUCCGCGCACGACAUCCACUCCGAACAGUCACGGACUUCGCUGCUGGAGCAGGUUCCGCAGAUUUCCCGGAUCCUGGAGGAAGUGCAGUACAUAGCCAGGCGCUUCCGAGCCCAGGACGAGGGCGAGGUGAUCUGCAGCGAGUGGAAGUUUGCUGCGGCGGUGGUGGAUCGGUUAUGUCUCGUGGCUUUCUCGCUCUUCUCCAUCAUCUGCACCUUCACCAUCCUCAUGUCGGCUCCCAAUUUCAUCGAGGCUGUGUCCAAGGACUUCACAUAAGGCCGAUCUCCGCCCUCUCUGGGAGGAGCAAGAGAGGCAAAGCUAACAAUAACAAUCCUGAUACGGUUAGACCUGUGCCACACAUGCCUCCCUGCUACAAAUAUGUGAAACCACACACGUUUUAGUACUAUUGUUAGAAGUCACAGUACACCAGAAGCAAAUCUUUCCCUCCCUCUACACACAUUUGUCAGUAGUAUAUGGUUGUUUGGAGAUGAUGUUAUUUUUCCCUUUCAUGGUGGCUCUCCUCGCUAGCACGUACAUACAGUAUGCAUCGUAGGAGGUUGAGGCUACAUGCAGUAGGUAAUGAUGUAGAAACUCACGCUAAUGCACUUUUCAAAUGUAUCCCUCAGUGACCUGCCUCCACCUGGACUUCUCAUCACAAUAUAUACUCCUUCCCUUCCAACUCUUUCUUUUCUGCUACUUUUUUCCAUUUCCUUUCCGCAACUGUAGCGCUUCUCAUCUUCUACAAAUGUCUUAAUGUCUUCAGCAGUUACAUACAGUAGGCUACAGUCAAUAACGUUCAAUUAACAGUUUUAGGGAAAGUUUUUCAGGCCUGUAUUAUAGAAAUAGAAAUAGUAGAUUUUUGUAUUUUGUAAAUAAAUGCACAUCUUACUUUAUGUGUUGAAGCUGAGAGAAAUUCUUUUUUUAUUAAGUGGAUGAAUUUACUGAGAGCUACUAAUGUGUUAACUCACAGCACUGUGCAUCUCACUUUUCUUUUAACUACGGCUUCAACCAAUGAUUAUUUUAAUUUUAGAUUCAUUCAUUUUCUUGACUAUUCAAUUAUUCGUAUUGUAUAUAAAAUGUUAAAAAAAUAGUAAAAAAUUCCAGUUAUUAUUUCCCAGAGCCCAAGAUGAUUUAUACAGUAACAGUUCAAAGAUAUUACAUUUACUGUCGUAUAUGACAAAGAAAAGCAUUAAUUGUUUACAUUUAAGGAGCUGGUAAGAGCAAUUUUAUUUUAAAUGUUUGAUUGAAAAAUCAUUAAGAAUGAAAAAUAGUUGCCGAAUAACUUUCUCUUGGGGGGCUAAUCCAUUUACUGACCAGUUGUUUCAGCUCUGCUUUAAACAUCUCCAAGUAUUAGAUUGUUCCUUACUUAUCUCUUCUUGCCUUUCAUUAUUUCCUUUAUUACCACCAAUAUUCUCAUUUCCUUCUUGAAUAGCGUGCAUCCAGGUUCUAUUUCCAUAAAUGUGAAUAGAUAAGGUUUUACCACUGCCUGUAGAAGUCUAUUUGAGACAUGUCUCCUUGCCUCCAUCCCUAUGCUAAACAAUAUUUAGUGAGCAUAAUGAUGCACUCACAAAAAGUAAAUGUUUUUUUAUUUUGAGUGUAAUUCAAUGUUUAUCUUACUUUAUCUGACUAUCUGUAAUUGUUACACAAUAUAUUGCUGUGUUAUGUUGCAUAUACUCACAAUGAAGAAAGCAGAUCAAAGCAAGUAGCGAUUGAGACAUUUUUUGUUCUUUGGGGGGAUUUUUAAAUGGAUUCAGAUGCAUUAGAUAAUAAUCUUUUGUAGCGCAAAGUGUUUUGUGUUUUUACUCUCUAAUACUCGGCAAACAGUUUAUUCUCUAAUCUCUAGCAACAACAUGCAACAUGGAUUACGGGGUGACCUUAUGUAACAGAUUUGUGUUAAACCGUCUCACCACCUGAGCGUCCCUCUGAUCCUCAGUAGUACAAGACACGCAUGAAUUCCCACUUUAACGCAGGCAACUGAACUCACAGACCUCUCCAGUUUAGCACCUGGCCAUUUUAAGUGUAAGAAGGAAGGAUAUGAAUCAAAAACAACAACAUGUUGUACACUGUGCGUCUGCAGCUGAAAUAGUCACUGAAAUGGAUUCAUGCUGUUACAGUUAAUCAAUGGGCCGAGUGCAACACAUUGCUGCCACCCAUUCACUACCUUUCAUGUCACUCUGUGACUCCAAGUCUGUAAAGCAGCUAAAAGCCAUCUCCAUUUUUAAUAGACAGGAGAGGGUGAAGCCAACCUUGACGGAAAUGUACACGCAGUACUUUGCAGUAGGCCUGAUCUUCGUGUUGAUUUAAUCAUGAUUCAAUAAUAUUUACAGUUUUUUUUAUGUCUAGGCAGAAAUGUGAAAUGUAUUUGGUUCAAACAUUUCAAAGAUGGUCAGUUAUUUUUAGGUAAUGGUAUUAGAGACGCCAUCGUUGUCACGUUAAACCUUUUAGGUUUCGUGUCGAGAGAUAGACGCACUCUGUUGGCAUCGAUCUGCUCAUCUAACUCUCGUACCCCAUUUCCAGAGUUUGUGCUAAGCUAACCAACUACUUGCUAUAGCUUCAUAUUUACUUUAGUAAAGCUCACCAAUUACCAUGUUAUAUCUCUUUUAUUUAAUCCAUUCCAGAAGUGCAAAAACAACAAAUUGUGAUAAUUAGUGUUUCCCGCGGUUUCCUGUCUAUAUGCUAAGCUAAGCUAACUGAAGCAGCUUCAUACUUACCUUUCAGGCAUAAAUGAAAGAUAAGUAUGAAGUAGGGCUGUCACAAUAUCAGAUUUUCACUACACAAUAACGUUAUUAUCGCGAUAUUUAUAGAAAAUUAGAUUAUUUCAAAAAUAAUAAUAAUCGGUCAAAUUCAUCUUUAAAUUUUUUAUUAUAAGUUGUAUCUAUUCUUUGGCAAAUAAUUAUAUUCAUUUGUGUGUGGGGUGUUGUUUGUGUGUGCAUUGUUGUGCGAGACAAAGCGAGAAUGUAAGAAAUGGAAAUUAUUUAACAGGCGCUAAAUUAUUUUCAGGAUAUUAUUGUAUGUGUAUUAUUAACUUGAUAUCAGUAUUCAAUUUUUUAAUAUCCCCAUUAUAAAUACCAGUAUAUCAUGACAACUAACAUGAAGCUACAGCCAGCAGCUGCAGUUAUUUUUUCAUAGCAUAAAGGCGACCAGCAGAGGCACCAGGAAGUUAAGUCAGGCCAGUUUCCAGUACUUAUGCUAAGCUAAGCUAAACCGGCUGCUAACCGUAGCUUCAUAUUUAAAAGGGACAGCCAUAUUGAGUGUGGUAUCAAUCUUCUCAUCCUAAC